AUGACAGACGGCUCAGACCUCCAGAACAGCAACAAAGCCGAGCUGGACAGAAGCCAGCCCGGCUCGACUAGCGAUGGUCCCCAAGAGCAAAAAGACCUUGACGAGAUCCCUCCCGACUAUGCCACUGGCGUCCGACUCGUCUUCCUCAUGUUCACGAUCUUCGUGAGCACCAUCCUUGUCUCCCUAGAGAUUGGUAUCAUCGCAACCGCAGUUCCCGGCAUCACCAACGAUUUCCACAAACUCAACGAUGUGGGCUGGUAUGGAUGCGCGACGUUCAUCCUCGCGGCCUCGACCUCGCCACUAUGGGGGAAGCUGUUCAAGUACCUCAACGUGAAGUCUGUUUAUCUCAGCGCCGUCGGUAUCUUCUUGGUGGGCAGUAUUGUGGCUGCAGCAGCUCCAAAUAGCGUGUCCGUCAUCAUUGGACGUGCCAUUCAAGGUUGGGGAGCCUCCGGUGUCUUCGGAGGUACCCUCAUCGUCAUUAACUACGUCGCCCCGCCGAGAAACCAUCCGCUUCUCAUCGGCACCUGGAUGGCAUGCUUCAUGGUCUCAACAAUUCUGGGACCGGUGAUUGGCGGCGCAUUCACGAGCGGAGUUACCUGGAGAUGGUGUUUCUGGAUUAACCUGCCCGUUGGUGGGCCUAUAAUCGUGCUGUUACUAUUAUUCUUGCGUAUCCCCAAGCACAUUAAGAAGGUCCCUGCGACGUGGCAGGAGAUCAUCUUCGCCCUCGAUCUCCCAGGCUUCAGCUUACUACUCGUGUCUCUCCUCUGCUUGACGCUGGCAUUGCAAUGGGGUGGACAGACCAAAGCGUGGAAUGAUGGCUCGGUCAUCGCAACCUUGGUCAUGUGGAUUGUCCUCAGCAUUGGUUUCUGGGUUACUGAAUGGUUCCAGGGCCACCGCGCCAUGGUUCCCUUCAGCAUUCUAAAACUGCGUAUGACAUGGAGUAAUGCCCUAUUCUGCUUUAUCUCCUACGCCGCCCUCUACCAAGUCUUAUUCUACCUUCCUAUCUACUUCCAAUCCAUCCACGGCCAAUCAGCUAUCAUAAGCGGCGUGAACAUCCUUCCGUUCCUCGCCUUCUUCGCCCUUGGAGCCAUCGUCAGCGGCGGCGUCAUCGGAAAGACCCGUUACACACAACCCUACGAACUUAUCGGUGCCCUCAUCUUGACCGCCGGCGUGGCCCUUAUCUAUAUCCUGGACGUCGACUCCUCUAAAGCUAUGUACAUCGGUGCCGAGGUGCUCUUUGGAUUUGGCGUUGGGAUCUGCAACCAGAUCCCUAUGACGGCUGUGCAGGGCUUCUCGAAGCUUGAAGACGUUUCCAGUGCGACUGGAAUCAUGGUUAUGUGCCAAACCCUCAGCGGCGCUUACUUCGUCGCCAUCGCGCAAUCCCUCUUUGCCAACCGGAUGCUCCAAACAGUUCUCUCCAGUGCAGCUCACCUCGAUGCCACCCUGGUCCUGGGCACAGGCGCCUCCGGACUCCAGAACGUGUUCAGCGGUGAGGAUCUUAAGGCAGUGAUCGCCGCGUAUAUGGUCGGUAUUAAGGAUGUGUUUGCUUUUUCGCUGGCGUGUGCGGCGUUUGCGGUCUUCUUGUCGCUGAUUAUUCCGUUCAAGAGGCUGCCGGAUCAUGGGAAGAAGGACAAGCUAGCGACAGAGGAGGCUGCAGAGGAGGAUAAUAAGGAGGUGGAGGAGACUGUCGAUGGGGAGAAGCAGAAUUAA